ACUGUAUCCUUUGCACAUUGGUCACCAGCGCUGAACUGAGCUAGCUGGAAGAAAGAUGGUCAAAUUUAUCCGACUUGCAUUCAAAGCCGCCAUAAGCCGCCAUAUCCUCAGUAUCUGCAUGUCCUUGAGCAAGAGCGACGCAGAAGAAGCAGCGAAUGUUUUGCACAAGGCAACUCUUGAGAUCUCGGCGUAUCACUUCACCCAGUCUUCACCCAGUCCCCAAGUGGCCAGUAUCCGUUCCGAACUCAAACUAGCCACGAGAAUGAUCUUGUCAAGCAAUAUCCUUGCUUUCCUACUGGCCUCCUUCUUGCUUGUUUCAGUACAGGGGCUGAACGAUGUGGACGUGUCGCAGCUGCACAUCACAGAGGGCACUACCUCAACCAUUACGCCGGAAAGUGGCGAGAGUCUGUGCCAGUCCGAGUUUCCAAUGGCACACCUUGCAGAUCUCAAUUUUCUGAGCUCACACAUGGAUGAGAGCAUUUUUACCAUGUUUGAAGAGCAGAAUGGAGUGCCUGCUACAUCUGACGGCCUCCUCGACGACAGCAAGCUAUUGGUUCAGUCUUCGGACGGUGCUGAUGGCGAUUGGGUCGCCACCCGCUUUGUAGAUGCCAAUGAUGCAGUUACUGAAGACAAUUCCGAGUUUGGUGGACUUGUGCAAAAUCCAGUGGUGCAGUUGCCUUCUCCAGGUGAAAUCCGAGCGCUUUGCUUGGAGGAUACCGACACAAAGUCUACAAGUGGAAUCAAGGCAAAUGCUGCCGCGUUCGGGGAUCCGCAUAUCAAAACUUGGGAUGGUGACCAAUACGACUUCCACGGCGAAUGCGAUUUGGUACUUCUGCAAGCGCCUCAUUUUGACGACUUUCUUGGGCUGCACCUACAUAUCCGGACAAAAAUCCAGACAUGGUGGUCGUAUAUAGAAUCAGCUGUCCUGCAAAUCGGCAGGGACACACUCGAAGUAACGGGGAGUACCACCAAGAACCAUGAACACUGGAUCAAUGGUAAACAGGGCGGCGACCUGAAGAAUGGAAUUCUUCCAGAGACCUUGUCAGGAAGUCGAAUCCACUAUCGGGCCGUCAAUGCCCACCAGUGCAUCUUCCGCGUUGAUCUUGGGCAGGCGGACUCUAUCAGCAUUGAAGUAUACAAAAAGUUCGUUCGAGUCAGUGUUACUACGGGAAAGAAUCCCGACCGCUUCGCGGGGAGUCUCGGCUUGAUGGGGGCUUUCCCAAGUGGUGAAAGGAUUGGGCGAAAAAAAUCAACCACUGUGGCAGACGUAAACGCAUUUGCCCAGGAAUGGCAGACUCGAGGAGAUGAAGCCCGCCUUUUCCAUGCUCCCGGAAGUGUUCAGUACCCUGCGAAGUGCAUCAUGCCCAAGCAGACGAUGCGGACAAGCCGACGUCUUGGUGAAGCUUUGAUUAGUAGGGAGGAAGCAGCGAAAGCAUGUGCAAAUGUCUCGACGUUUGACAAGGAUGCUUGCAUUUUCGAUGUUAUGGCCACUAAUGACAAAGGGAUGGCUGCGACAUACUGAAUUUGACGGUGACCCACCGUGACAAACCUCGCCACUCGCCACCAGCUGGGCAUGUUCUGCACCGGCUUGACCUCCGCCUUGGCUGAUACAUGUAAGAAAGACAAACUCAUAAGUAAUAUAUCAGCAACGCUUCUCCUUUCGUG